AUGGCGUCCAGCAAACCUAUGAAUGUGCGCUUAAAGCAAAGAGCUGUUAUUGAGUUCCUUACUGCAGAGGGAGCUGCACCCAUCGAUAGUCAUAGGCGAAUGAAGCAUGUCUAUGGUGAAGCAUGUGUAGAUGUAAGUACUGUUCGAAGAUGGACAAAGGAGUUUGCUGAAACCAAUCCAGCAGAGACUGAUUUGCAUAACCAAGCUCGAUGUGGUCGUCCCAACUCUGCCAGUGAUGUUCAACACCAGGAGAGAGUGGAUGAGAUCAUCCGAGCAAUCCUGACUCGUUAUACUGAUGAAGGUGAAGCUUUCUUACGCCGCAUAGUCACAGGAGACGAGACUUGA